UGGGUGGAGAAAUUAGAGAAGAGUCAAGCCCCGUGGUAAAAACCCAGAAAAUUCCAAUUCUCUCGUAAAUUGUUUCUCGAGAAAAUUAACUAAGAAAUUUUUUUAAAGGCCCAAUUUUCUUUCUUCCCCCAAAUUUUCCCAGAGAAACCAACCAAACCGAACCAAAUUAAAGAAAAGGAGUAGGAGGAAGAGGAAGAGGGAAGAGGAAGAGGAGGAGGAGAAGAACUGCCAAAGAGGUUGGAAACUUGGGAAUUGAGAUGCGAUUUGCGAGUUGAAGUUAGCAAAAGCUUCCCGAUGUUACAAAGUUCAAAGAGGGAGCAAUUGGUUCUUAUUUUGUCAGAUAUUGAGGAUUCUGUGCACUUGGUGGCGUCAUGACGUCUUCUGUGCAUGAUCUUUCUGACAACUGUGAAGCUGAUGAGCAGCAAAAGCAAUCAGAAUCUCAGAUCCAGUCUUCUUCUCCUGCACCUGGAAUGUCUCAUACUGUAAUGUCAACUCCAAAUGUUCAGUAUGCAACCAGUCCACAAUUUGGAGCAGGACAUGCAGUGGCACCGGCGGCAGCUUAUCCAUAUCCAGAUCCUUACUACAGAAGCAUCUUUGCUCCUUAUGAUGCACAACCUUAUCCUCCACAGCCUUAUGGUGGACAACCAAUGGUCCAUCUUCAGUUAAUGGGGAUACAGCAAGCUGGUCUUCCUUUGCCUUCAGAUGCCGUCGAGGAACCUGUAUUUGUGAACGCAAAACAAUAUCAUGGCAUCUUGCGACGCCGACAAUCUCGUGCAAAAGCAGAAUCAGAAAAUAAAGUUAUAAAGUCUCGAAAGCCAUACUUGCAUGAAUCUCGACAUUUGCAUGCAUUAAGAAGAGCUAGAGGAUGUGGGGGCAGGUUCCUUAAUGCAAAGAAAAAUGAAAAGCAUGAAGAUGAAGAUGAAGAUACACAGGUUGACAAAUCACAGCCUCACAUCAAUUUGAACUCCGAUAAAAAUGAACGAGCCCCUGCAGAUGGCACAUCCUGAAUAUUCUGGAAGCAUCAUUCAAAGGGGUCACAAAAAGCAGUUAGUCAUAAUCAAUGCUAGGAAACUAAGAUCCGCUCGUGCGUGCGUUGGCUACUGGUAGCCGAUGUUCAUCACGAUGGGGUCUAUACUUCAACUGAGUAGUGUGAAUAGUUUUUUCAAGUGGUAAAUUUGUAGGAAAUGUUACAAAGAUGAAGCAGUCAAGUCUUUUUGAAAAGCACAUGAUAGUUUCCUUCUCCAUGAGGAGACUACUUCAUUUUGGUCUUUACUUAAUGAGGUUGGAAACUUGUUUUUUAACAAAACUCAAAAAGAGAGAGUCGUUGUAGUUUGGUUUGAUUAUGUGUCAUUAGUUUUAGAAGAAAAUCAGAUUUAGAUGUUGUGAGAUGUGGUAUUAGUUUCAUUCCAUUAUUGUCAACUGAGGAAUAAAGGUGAGUGGUGUUGGCUUGAGAAAAAAAAAUGGUGGUUUGUUUCUAUUACCAUGUUAUAUGUUGGAUGUAAGUAGCAGAUUACAACUGAAAAUGAUUUUCUUUCUCUUUCCUUUA